GCCAUGCCGAGGCCAAGGCCACAACCGCAAACAUCGCUGCAAGGGUGGCUGCGCGCUUCAGCGACCGACCGGCGGGCGUCACCUCGGCAUCUACUGCCCUCGAGGACACGUUCAUCCAAAGCCCCGAUAAAAGGCAUCGAAAGGAAGCUCCGAUCAGGCCGUGCGCUGAUGGCAUGGCGGGCCGGGCCAGCAACUGCUGGGUCCAGGAGCCCCGGCCUUCGAAGUGGCAGGGGCCGUCUCCGCCUCUCCGUGCUGAAAACCUUUCGCUGCACCGCGGAAGUCAAGCUCUGCCGAGUGGUCGGAUGAGCCUGCGAAAGGAGCGGACCACGUCAGCGGCAUCUCUGACAUGUGGCAUAUCGUGA